AGGAGCUGGGAGUCGGAGUGGGCCAGCAGCGGAGGCGGACGGGGGGGGGCAGAGCAGCCCAGUGAGCCGGCGGUCUGCAGGGAGGAGGCAGUUGACUGAGUGGGACCAAAACGCCGACACAGUAUCAGGGACCGUGGGACCGCUUGAGGAGCAAAUCUCACGGGCUGUCGAGCUCUCGGACUGGGGACGGCGCAGCGGGGACCCCCGGUGGAGCAAGUGAGAGAGGGGCAAGAGGAAGAAGAAGCAGAAGCGGCCAGGGAGGGACCGAAUAAUCCAGGAAGUGCACAGGCCGGUCAGGUGGGAGGCGACGAGUCAGGACAGGUGACACACCGGCGCUCAGGUGUGUGACCCCCUGCUGGCCUCUGGUAAAGAACUAAAGCAGAGGAGGGGCACAAAAGAGGUGAAGAGAAAGCAGGCACCCAUCUUCCCCUGAGUUUAUGGACUGGAGGUGGCAAUGUCUCCAGGAGAGGACGGUCUGAUUGGGAUCCCCUUCCCGGAGCACAGUAACGAGCUUUUGUCCCGCCUCAAUGACCAAAGAAGGGCGGGCCUCCUGUGUGACCUCACACUGACAUCCCGCGGGGCGCGCUACCCCACUCACCGCUCCGUCAUGGCUGCCGUCAGCCUCUACUUCCGCCGGCUGUUCGGAGCAGAGGAGGGGGGAGGGCAGGGCGGGGAGGGCGGCGGAGGUUUCAGCGUGUGCCAGCUGGACUGUGUGGCGCCCGACGCCCUGGACGCCCUGCUGGAGUUCGCCUACACUGCCACCCUGACCAUCCGGAGCUCUGGGAUGAGAGAGGUGCUGCGGGGUGCUCAGCUACUCGGCAUCCAGUGCGUGGCUGAUGCAUGCAGGGAUAUCCUGGGGGAGACGGCGGAAACAGAGGGCGAGACGGCAGAGGAGCAGAGAGCCCAGCACACAGAGAGGGAGGUGAUGGUUGAGGCAGGGAGCGGGGUCGAGAAAGGGUCCAGGAGGAAAACGGACAGAAAGAAGCUGAAAAAAGUCGGGUUGCAUCACACACAUGUAAACCUAGCACCCAUUUCUCCACCUGUCUCACAUCUUUCACCUCUACAUGACAGCAUCCACUCCUUGCCCUCCACCCAGCCUCCGAGCCCUGAAGAGGAGGAGCAUCACCUCAAACCUGGGCAGAAUGGUGACCCCAGGGGUGCCCAAGAGCCAGGGAGAGGGGCCACACUAAACGGGGGGCUGCAUUGGCCACAUGAACGCCCACUUAUAGCCCACCCUCCUCCUGUCCCGCCCUUAAAUGACAAGCUAUCAGAGGAUGAGGAAAUGGAGGGUUUUGGUGAUGAAGGCUUGCUGGUUGGAGCCACUUCCAUACCCUCCUCUGCAGCUGAGCGAGGGGGGCUGGUGUCUGCGGCCGGAGGGGGGAGGAAAAGGAAGUCGCAGACGCCCCAGCAAUGCCCCGUCUGCCAAAAGAUUAUCCACGGAGCGGGAAAACUGCCCCGACACAUGAGAACGCACACUGGAGAGAAGCCCUUCCAGUGCUCUGCCUGUGGUGUCCGCUUUACCCGGAAUGACAAGUUGAAGAUCCACAUGAGAAAACACACAGGGGAGCGCCCCUACCCUUGUCCCCACUGCCCCGCCCGCUUCCUCCACUCAUACGACCUGAAAAACCACCUGUCUCUCCACAGCGGGGCGCGGCCCUUCGAGUGCCCUCUCUGCCACAAGGCCUUCGCCCGCGAGGACCACCUCCAGCGCCACCGCAAGGGGCACAGCUGCCUGGAGCUACGCACACGUCGGCCCAGACGCGGGCCUGGGCAUGGGGAGGAAGGUAGAAGUGAUGGAAGGGGAAGAGAUCAUUCCAGCCCGCUCGAGCCGCCGUCCUUACCGCCGCAUCCGUCUGUGUUCCUGCCCCGCGGGGUGCUGGAUGGGGGAAACGGGCCUGGCAUUGGCCCUCCGCUCUUGUUUCCAGGGGAGGCCGAGAGGGAGAGGUCUCUAGCUCUGCAGGCUCUGGCCCACCUGGGGCCUCACAGGCUGACGGGCUACCCUGACCUGCUUCUCCGAGGCCUGGAGCUGCGAGGAGCCAGAGAGGCAGAGGGAGAGGAUCCAGGAGGAACCCACUCUCCUGCUGCUCGGCAUGACAGAUGGGCAGAUGAAAUGGAAGAGAAAAUUGGAGAAGAGGAAGAGGGGGAGGAAGAAUAGUGAAAAAGUGUGUGUGUGUGUGUGUGUGCGUGUGUGUGCAUGUGUGAUUGCGUGUCUGUCUAUGUGGUAAAGCGUCCACGGUAAAAAAUAAUAAUAAAUCACUCAGGUGGCUGGACUUGUGACCUGCUGCUCACACAUAGCGAGCGCUUAAAAAAAAAAAAAACCCUAAAAGAUAUAAAAAGGAAAAAAAUGGAAAACGGGUUUAAAUAGUUGUUUUAGAUGUUUGCCUCCUGUCUGUUGACAUUUGAUUUCAUUUGUCUUUUAAAAUGUUAUUUUCAUUUGUUUAAUUUUCUGAGGUUUGAGCUGUUUCUUUUACUUGUCUUUUUUGCUGGACAUGCAUGUGGUGAGUGUGUGGUUACUGGGAUGCUUUUCACUAUGCAAACUAAAAUCCAGAGCUGAGAAAUGGAAGACUAUUUGAGGAUGUAUAUUUUAGUAAAAAAACGAAACAAACAAACAAAAAAAAAAAAAACAAUGUAUUGAUUCAGGUGCAAUUCAGACUUGAUAUGCUUAGGUAAUGACGAUGAGUUUGUGCGCCUACUGACCUCUGGUGGUUAUGGGUGGAAAUGCAGUCUAGUUAAUCAAACUGGUUCUGUGCAUUGUAAGCAAUAAUGCUUUUUGUCAGUUUUCUAGUUAGUCAUGAGGAUUCCUUUUUAUUCGGUGCUUAUACCAAAGAUUUUAGUUUAUCUUUUUCUUAAAUCUUAAGUUAACAGGGGAGGAAAGAGGUGAACUGUAGCCAAUGUUGAGUUUGAAGAACUCUCUGUUUUUCAUUCUGUUUUGAUAGCCAUGAGAAAGGAACUACUUCCAUAUGUGAGUGUCUCAGGGCCUUAGUGCUCUGUGCAAAAUGCCUGACCAAAAGAGACAAAGUCUGGGUCACUGAGGGGUUGUUAAUUUGAGAAAAAAAAAAAACAUAAAAAAAACAAAAACAAACAAAAAAAAAGUUGCUUUUGCGUUUAACUUUUUAUGUUGAUGAUAAUUCUUCCUUUCCAAAGGCUGUGAAUUUCAGCCUUCCAUGGUUUCCAUUUUUGCAAAGAAAUAGAAAAGGGGCAAGGGGAGAGGCUGAAUAAGAUGGCUUGCCCUUUUUCUGUAUUUAUUUAUUUAUUGUUAUUUAUUAUGGCUUUUCUGUUGAAACUCGUUGUGAGACCUAAUCCAGGGUUGGUCACAGUGACCCACAGACCAUGGUCCACUUCUGACCUGGUCCAGAUCUCUUUGAGUCUUACAAGAAGCUGCAUUGCGCUAAGGAUUUUGGUUCAGUAUCUCCAUGUACCUAAAAUGCCCUAUAUGGGUUAUGUGUCUUCUGUUGGCAGUUCUUCCUCUUAUGCAUUCUUUGCACAUAUAACCCCGUCAGGUACUGCAAUAAAACAGGCACAUUCCAUCCUCCGGGGUAGAGAGAAGGGAACGGAGCAAAGAGGUGAGGGAAGUCAGAAGGUCGAAGCCUUCUAUGUAGCUGGAAUACAAAACGACUGUCAUGACUUUGCUGUUUGACAUUUUCAGUUGAUAUGUGGAGCAGCACAUGCUUUUCAGUUGUUAAUUCAACAUGUACAGUACUGUAUAACAUGUCAAUGCAUGACAGCUCUCUCAGUUCGGCCGCCGCUGAGGCUAAGGGGCCAUUAUGUUGAGUAUAUCAUCCUUUAUCUUAGACCAAAAACCUUUUAGUUUGCUUUCCUUGGAUAGCCAAGAGACCAGUGGCCAUUAAGGCCUGUUGCAGGGAGUAACGCUCUGCUUUGCAUUAUCAUACUCAAUUGCGUCUUUAAAUGACAGCCGUUUUUUAUGUACAAUUCUCUUGAACCCCUUGUAGCCAGAACCUGCUGUAGCAAUAGUACUGGUCUGGGCUUGUGUGCACUAUCCACUCUUUGCUGUGUAGAAAAAAGAAAAAAAAAAACAUUUUCAUUUUGAAUUUAUUUGCACUAUGAGAUUUGAGAGCUUCAAGCUUUUUGUUUGACCUUUUUCGAUAUCUAGUCCAUGAACUCACUCAGUAUCGUUUAAGAUUGUAAUAUUGAAAUAGAAACUAACAAUCCUUAAAUUCCAAAAUACAUUGAAUAUUCUUCCUCCUGCAUAGUAGUACAGAGUUAUAGACAAAUAUAAUAUAUAUUGGGGUGAAGUUGCCUUGGAUUUUUUUGUGCUGCAACUAUUCUCAGGAAAUCUUGAGCAAUGCACUAACUGAUUAUACAAAAUACAAUGGGCCGAAAUUGUUUGGUGUUGUAGGGCUAUUGACACUCUUCAUAUAAAUGUAGGGCCAAUAGUUUCAAAAUAUGAGCUUUUGUAGAUUUUGCAUCAUACCAUUUGAAGUUUGAAAACCAAAUGAAUUAAACCUAUUGUGGGGUUAAAAAAAAUAAA